UUUCCUUCCUCCUAUCCCGCCCCCAAACCUCGCACCGUUUUCCGGUUUCACCCACCCGAAACCAUUGCCUCCAUUCCUCUUCUCCUCCCAUGCCCAAAACCCUAGCGGUACAGUUGCGACAAGCUAGCUGGGAUAGCAACAGACGGGAUUGCAGCGUACAAAGAUAUCUGAAACCCGAAACUACCUUAUAUAACCCCUUUCCACUCCGCUCCUACCCGACUAACCUUCGUCUUUCUCUUCCUUCAUCCCACCGCGCUUCGCGCGCAUCAGCUUCUCUAACUCCCAUAGAUCCGCCUUACAAAGCUAAAUCCGGAACUUAAGGCUGAACGAAGGCGAAACGGGAUUUAAAUGUGUCAUUUUUUGGCUUUCUAGCCCAAGUCCUGCUACCAAACAGCCCCUUCGACCCCAAUUCCGCCUCUCUGCUGCAGUGCGGUUUUCUGGCUCUACCCAGAUUUAGAUUGAGAGCUCAGUGACUGUAUUAGGUUUUCAGAAUGCUCUGCAUCAUUUAUCCACCAUCGAUUCUAACAAGAAGAAUACAAAUGAACAAACCCUUCCAGAAGCAGGAUGGUCUAGCGGUGUGUCAUGCUAGGGGUCCCAGACCCAGAUUCCCUCGAGUAUGGAAAACACGAAGAAGGAUUGGUACCAUCUCCAAAUCACAAAAGCUUGUUGAAUCUAUAAAGGAAUUGUCGAAUGUUAAAGAAGAAGUUUAUGGAGCUCUUGAUUCAUUCAUUGCUUGGGAGCUGGAAUUUCCUUUGAUCAUAGUCAAGAAGGCGCUGAAGACACUCGAGUUUCAGAAGGAAUGGAAGCGAAUAAUUCAAGUGAUAAAGUGGAUGCUAAGCAAAGGCCAGGGACAAACCAUGGGAACUUAUUACACUUUAUUGAACGCUUUGACGGAGGAUGGAAGGCUCGAAGAGGCAGAAGAAUUAUGGAUGAAGCUAUUUUCGAAGUACUUGGAAAGUCUGCCUCGCAUUUUCUUUAUUAAAAUGAUCUCUUUAUACUACAGUAAAGGCUUGAACGAAAAGAUGUUUGAGGUAUUUGCUGAUAUGGAAGAACUUGGUGUCAGGCCGGACCGAUCCAUUGUGAAAAUGGUUGGCGAGGUGUUUCAGAGAUUAGAAAUGCAUGACAAAUAUGAGAAAUUGCAUAUGAAAUAUCCACCCCAGAACUGGGAAUACCGCUACAUCAAAGGAAAACGUGUGAAAAUUCGAGUAAAUCAUUCGAGCUCUAAUGAUGAAAUCGAAGCUGACAUCGAGAUUCAGGCGAACCAGUUUACUGAUGCUGAUGAUGGUGAAACAGAGACUGAAACAGAACAGUUUACGGCAGCUGAUAGUGAAUCUGUAACUGAGAUUUCACCGGAGCAAUCAACUGCACUUCACAACAUUGAAGAUGAGCGAGUGUGCCAGCAAUUCCCUGAUCAGGAUGGAGGUUAAUAUUGGCUUCAGGAUGAUAUUUUAUUGCAAAAUUUCAUCUGACUUUUUAUGCAAAAAGUUUCUGAGAUUACAUUUGGGAGAGAUGAAGAAUGGCUUUUAUUGCCAAUAACUCAUUAGAUUUUACUUUGGUUCUGUUGCCUUGUAGUUGGGUUAAGCUUCUUAGCUGAUCUGGAGCUUUUAUUUAGAAUGAACGAGCCAGGUAAAAUUGUAACAUCAAUCUGCAAUUUAACAAUUGCUGUAUUUUUCCUGAUUUUUCUUUUUGGUAUUUCUACAUAUUUUGGAAGUUGUAAGAGGAUAAACUGGGCAAUAUCAAAUGGGUUUUUAGCUUUAUUUUCUUG